CGACCCCUUUCCUGCAGCCCAAGGGGUGUGUGUGGUUGCGGUUGGCUCUGCUUCUGCUGCUGCUGCAUGCGCAUCCUGGCAGCAAGCGGGAGAGCCUCCUUGGGAGACCAUGCCCAGCAGCAGCAGGGGCCCCCCUGCCUCCCCGUUCUUGGUUGAAGCCCCGUUGGAGCAGGGGAAAGGGGGAAGCCGCCGCCACCGCAGCAGGAGCAGCAGGCAGAGAUGGAGCCCAAGCCUUUGUUCUGCAUGCAGAAGGCGCUGGUGCAGCCCUUCCAGAUGUGCAUGCUGGACAUUCCCCUCAGCCUCCAGCACAGCCAGGAGGAAUACUAUAGCUCCACACAGGAGAUUGGGGAGGAGGUGGAGGACGGCGUGAUCUACAGCAUCUCCCUCCGCAAGGUGCAGCUCCACCACAUGGCCAACAAGGGGCAGCGCUGGCUGGGGUUUGAGAACGAGUCGGCAUUGAACCUCUACGAGACGUGCAAAGUGCGGACCAUCAAGGCCGGGACCCUGGAGCGGCUGGUGGAGUACCUGGUCUCAGCCUUCAAGGGCAACGACUCCACCUAUGUCACCAUCUUCCUCUGCACCUACCGCGCCUUUGCCACCACCAAGCAGGUGCUCGACCUCCUCCUCCACAGGUUCGGCAAGCUCCGCUCCCAGAACCACGGGGAGCACCACGCCCGUCACGCGGUGGACGAGAGGCUGGAGCUGAAGAACACCAUCUCCUCCAUCCUGGGGGCCUGGCUGGAUCAGUACUCGGAGGACUUCCGCAAGCCCCCCGACUUUGCCUGCCUCAAGCAGCUCAUCGUCUACGUGCGGCUCAACCUUCCUGGCUCUGAUUUGGAGCGCCGCGCAAGGGUCCUCUUUGCCCAGUUCCAGCACCAGGAGCCAAGCCUCGAAGGGCUGGACCAGCGCUUGGAGGGAGAAGGGCGGGAAGAGGAGGGUGAUGGCGGCGCUCCGGCUGACUUCCUCACUUUCCCCCCUGAGAUGGCAGCCGAGCAGUUCACGCUGAUGGAUGCUGAGCUCUUCAAGAAGGUGGUGCCCUACCACUGCCUGGGAUGCAUCUGGUCCCAGCGCGACAAGAAGGGCAAGGAGCACUUGGCGCCCUCCAUCCGCGCCACCGUCUCCCAGUUCAACCGCGUCGCCAACUGUGUCAUUGCCACCUGCCUAGGUGACCGGGCCCUUCGGCCCCAGCAGAGGGCCAGGGUGCUGGAGCGCUGGGUCGAGGUUGCCCGGGAGUGCCGGAUCCUGAAGAACUUCUCCUCCCUGAGAGCCAUCCUGUCGGCCCUGCAGUGCAACGCCAUCCACCGGCUGAAGAAGACCUGGGACGAUGUGUCGCGAGAGAGCUUCCGCACCUUCCACGAAUUGUCGGAGAUCUUUUCGGACGAGAACAACCACUCUCUCAGCCGGGAGCUGCUCAUCAAGGAGGGGACUUCCAAGUUCGCAACGCUGGAGAUCAACCCAAAGAGGGCUCAGAAGCGGCAGCAGCAGCAGCGGGAAAUGGGGGUCAUGCAGGGCACCAUCCCUUACCUGGGCACCUUCCUGACUGACCUAGUGAUGCUGGACACGGCUGUGAAGGACUACCUGGAGGGCGGGUUAAUCAACUUCGAGAAAAGGAGAAAGGAGUUCGAGGUCAUUGCGCAGAUCAAGCUGCUCCAGUCGGCCUGCAACAACUACAACUUCACCCAGGACGACCGCUUCGUGGCCUGGUUUCACUCUGUGGAACGGCUGAGUGAGGCAGAGAGCUACAGCCUCUCCUGCGAAAUUGAGCCCCUCUCAGAGUCGGCCAGCAACACCCUGAAGGCCAAGAAGAACCCCGGGAUCAUCAAGCGCUGGAGCGAUCGUCAGCCCCCUUCGUCGGAGCCCUGCCCAGGGGGCAGCUCCCACUCCAAGUCCUUUGAGCAGCUCAAGUGUGGGCCCUACCUCUGCGGAGGAGGCGGAGGAGGGGACACGGCCGACUCCGCCAGCGUCACGUCCGCCGGGUCCAGCAGCUCCGAUGUGGAGGAGCCCGGAGUGGGAUUCGCCCCCGACUCCCCCGAGGGUCAGGAAAGGAAGGUACGGGCCGGUGCGAGCAGCAGCAACGAGUGCAGCGGCAGAGGCAGCGGCGGCAGUGGUGGAGCCCUGGGCCUUCCUCGGGCCGUGGAGGGCAGGCGGCAGUUCUGGGAGUCCACCUCGCUCUCCUCGCUGGACACCUCCGGCAUCGGCUCCAGCAGCAGCAGCAGCGCUGCCUCCUCCUCCUCGGUCUCCUCGGCCUCGCGCAGCCACAAGCGCUCAGCCUCCUCGGGCCUCUCCUCGGGCUACUCCUCGCUCUCCCUGCCCCUCUACAACCAGCAAGUGGACGACUGCUGCAUCAUCCGGGUCAGCCUCGCCGUGGAGAACGGAAACAUGUACAAGAGCAUCCUGGUGACCAGCCAGGACAAGACCCCCGUGGUAAUCCAGAAGGCCAUGGUCAAGCACAACCUGGACGCCGACCGCCCCGAGGACUACGAGCUCAUCCAGGUCAUCUCCGAGGAGCGAGAACUCAAGAUCCCGGACAAUGCAAAUGUCUUCUACGCCAUGAACUCGGCUGCCAACUAUGACUUCGUCCUCAAGAAGAGGGGCUUCUCCCGGGCCUCCGCCUCUGCCGCCAAGCUCAAGCACGGCUCCAGCUCCACGCUGCCCAGGAUGAAGCAGAAAGGCCUCAAGAUCGCCAAGGGCAUCUUCUGAGCCCCGACGGGACAGGGUGGGCAGGCGCAAUAAGGCUGCUCUCCAUCAACAAUGGCUUAAUGCCAUUGCCGCCGCCAUGGACCCCCCUCCCCUGGGGGCAGAGAGAUGCGACAAGAACGCCCUCGACAAUGGGACAACGAUGUCGCCACUGUUGCGAUGGACUCCCCUGGAUGUGCAGAUGGAUGCGCCAAGGCAAUUCUUGGCAACGGGACAAUGCCACCACCAUUGCCAUGGUCCCCCCUGGGGAUAGGUAGAUGCGCCACCAUGGACUCUACUGAGUGUGCCAAUGAUGCUGCCGCUGUUGCCACAGAGCCCCUCUUGGUGUGCAGACUGAUGCGCUGAGUGCACUCUUGAGAACAGGACAGUGAUGCCGCUGCCACCGUGGACCUCCUGUGUGUGUAGCAGGUGCUCCGAGAUUGUUCUCGACAGUGGGACAACGAUGCUGCCGCUGCCACGGCCCAUCCUGCCUGUGCCGUUUGUGGCUUCCUUUCGCUGAAGCAGAGGAGGCUCCUGUGGCCCUGGAAGGCUUGCCCGCCCGCCGCUCUUUGCCUUCAGCCGCUCUGCUGCAUCUCUGGUUUUUUUAGCAGAGAUUUUUAAAAGCCUUUUUAAGAAACCAAGGUGCAAAAGGCCCUCUGGUGCAACACCCACCUCUCUGCCUUAGGAACCCCUUCCUUUCCUCAACACCAACAAGGGAGGAAACGGAGGAGGAGCAGAGCCGGGGCGUGGUCGGCUCUCUUCCCUUCUCUUCUUGUCCUGGGGUUCGAGGAGAGCCUGCAGGCACCAAAGAUCAGAUGGCAGCGUCACUCCCGAGUGGUCAGUUAGGGUUGGAUUCUGCUCAGAGAAGGAAGGCUGUCAGCAGUAGGCUGUGCUCAGAGGAGGGGAGCCAGGAGCCCUUCCUUCCUUCCUUCCUUCCUUCCUUUGGUAAGCAACCACUUCUGUGUUUUAAUGGACUGGAGACGUUGACAAUUGAAACGGGGACUUGACUGAUCUCUGUGUAAAGGCGAGACGGAACCGAGUUUACGACGUGUCUGCUCUCUUCCCCUGCCAGUAUUUAUUGCUACUGUAAAUAGUCCGCGGGGAUUUGUACAUUUUACUAAUGCUGUUUAGAGUCCAUUGGUGUGGUCACCUUGUGAAUGUGUGUGUGUGAGAGAGAGCGCUUGAGAAGGGGAUGAAGGGCCGGAGAUUGACCCCAGUGUUGGGAAGAGCUUGGGGCAGGGGGAGGGGUUUGGCGCCUGCCAAUCACCACACUGGAAAACACUAAGGGAGGCAGAGCCCCUCCCCUCAAUGGCCGAAGCCAGGCCUGGGCCAAGGGGGGCCCUCCUCCGGGGGCUCCCACACUUCCCAACAGCCUCCCGGCUGCUCCGAUAACUCGGACCCAUGACCUGACAUUGCUGCUGCUGAUGCCUUUGUUCUUUCAUAACCAGCUGUUGGGAAUUAUGGGAGUGGGAGUCCAAAGCACUGGGAGUGAGGGCCGGAUUGGGGCCAGGCCUGCUAUACGUGGCUGUCUCUUUGCGUAAAGGGAGGAAUUUCACACGAGGUUUGCAUAAAAAGGGAGGAAUUCUACCUGGCUGCCUUGCUGUGCCUUCCUUCCCUUUUGGCCCAUUUUAUGGCCGGAAUCGGGCGGCCCGUUCUGCCGAUGAAGGGGAUUCCCUGAGGGCAGGAGAGGGGGCCAAGGGCAAGUGCAAGUGUGUCGGUGGAAGCGAUUGCUGUGUGUGUGUGUGUCCGUCUGUCCGCUUCCUGUCUGGCCACCUGGCCCUUCUCCCGACACUGAUAAACCACUGGCACGUUGACAGUGAUUGGCAGGUGACAGUGCCCCUUCCUCCUCUUCCUCCGGCCCUGCAGCCCUUUCCUCCAUCCCUCCCUCCCUGUUUGCGAGUGCGGUGUGUCUGUGCCUGGCGUGACUGUUUUUGUACAAAUCGGCACACGAUCGACUUGUGUUGUGUACACACAGCAAUGUAAUUAACCUUUUCAUUAAAACGGCCAAUGUUUUGACAGGA